AUGAUUCUCUCAGUAUAUAUUGAGCAUUAUAAUUUUAUGUCAUUUCAACUCAGUCAAAAUGUACCUAAUAGUGUUAUUGUAUAUGAAUUAAAAGCAAGAACAAUUAGUUCUUUUCCACCUGAAUACAAGUCAGGAUUUUUAGAAGUUCCUGCAAAUACUGUGAUUGAUGUUAUUGCUAUCAAUACACCAGAAUGGAUUAUUGGUAGGUAUAGAGAAGGUUUAAAUCAAGGGAGUGAGGAAACAGAGGUCUGUGGCUUUAUUGCUAUUUCAUUUCUUAAACUUAUUCCUGAAAAAUUUACUCUCCCAGAUAGAGCAAAAGCAGACUUUAUUGAAGAAGUUAUUCCAAAGGUUAUGGUCACAAGAAGAAAUGAUGCAAUUAAAUCAAGACAUUCUACAUCUCUUGUUAUGCCACAAACAAUUUACUGUGAAAUUUGUUUUAAAGCACCAAUUGAAAACCCAUCUAAAUGUGAAUUUUGUGCAAAACAUAUUCAGCCACGGUGUUGUUAUGAAUGUCUUAUUUCAUUAGAAUGUUUAAAAAAUGCUAAAUGUCCUUUAUGUGGACAUGGAUUAAAUAAAAAAUCAAAAAUUAUACCAACAAAUCCCAUUCCUGAAAGAGUUAUUACUCCUUCAAAUUCACCAGUCAUAGAAAAGAAAUGGAAAAAUAAUUAUAAAAUAAGUGUACUUGGAAUAACUGGAGUAGGAAAGACUUCACUUAUUGUUCAUUACGUUUUUGGAAAAUUUGUUGAACAAAAAGAUAAUACUAUUGCUGACAUUUAUAGAAAAACUUCAAUUAUUAAUGACGUUCCUUGUCUUAUUCAAAUUAGUGAUUUUGAUGAUAAAAAAGCAGAUGGAUUUAUUUUAGUAUAUUCAAAACAAAUAGAGAAAUCCCUUGAAUAUGUUAUGGACAUAGAAAAGAAAUUAACAUCAAAAUAUAAAAGAUUUGUCAUUGUUAGAAAUGAUUUUAAAGAAACACCAGAAGAUAAUGACAUUUGUUUUCAUCGUGUAUUCAGUGUUAAUGCAACAACUUCAAUCGAUAACUUUGAUCGAGCAGUUGAAGAAUUAAUAUGUGAUAUUAGAGCCAUAGAGUCUAGACCAAAGAAAGUGAGUAAAUGCAAUAUUCAAUAA